CUUGCUUUUCCCACUUCAUUCCAGAUUCUGGGAGUGGUCAUAGUUUUUGAAUGCGGACAGACCAUAACAUUGCUGCAUAUUGGACUGAAUGGGCUGCUUACUAAGACCAUGGAGCAGGUUUAUGUAAGCCACACCAGCCUUGAUGAAAAUAAACGACAGCAAGCCAGUGCACAGCCAGAAACCACACAGGACAAGUUAAUUAUCUCUAAUGAACGCCCUUGGAAACCAUGGCAGCCUGCCCGAUCGCGGAUCAGAGGCUGUGCUAUGCGUGUGCAGAGUGCUAUGCUUUCACUGGCUGGGCUGGAGUGGUACUGCUACGCUGCUUUGGGAGUUCUCACGGCUCUCAUGAGCUUCUGGAUUGAUCUUACUGUGGCCAAACUCCUGAGAGCUCACCAGUGGCUCUACAGUCGCCUGGAGGGUCACGUUCUGCUGCAGUUCCUGUGCUGGACGCUGUAUCCGGCCUGCCUCUGUGCUCUCUCAACCAGCUUCUCUCACAGCAUCUGCCCUCAGUCUGCAGGCUCAGGUCUGCCUGAGAUGAGGACCAUCCUUUCAGGUGUACAGCUGCCAGACUACCUGUCUCUCUCUAAUCUGUUUGCUAAACUUGUGGGUCUGAUCUGCACACUAUCUGCCGGCAGCACUGUGUUCCUUGGAAAAGUGGGUCCAUUUGUCCAUCUAUCAAACAUGGUAGGAGCGUACCUGCACCGUGUAUAUGCCUCUGCGUGUGGCAAAAAACAGAGGAGAACUCAAGGAGAGAUGCUGGUUGUGGCUUCAGCGGUGGGUGUGGCCAGCUGUUUCGGGGCUCCAAUCAGCGGAGUGCUCUUCAGUAUAGAGGUAAUGGGCAGUCACUAUUCUGUGCGAGAUUACUGUCCGUGUUUCUUUGCUGCAGUCUGUGGAGCGCUCACCCACCGUCUCCUCGCAGUUUUCAGCAGGGAGCAAGAAACAGUGACAGCCUUGUUCAAGACCAGUUUCCCUGCCAAGAUCCCGUACCAACCCUCUGAAAUACUGUUUUUUAUCUUCCUUGGACUGCUGUGUGGAGCAGUGAGCUGUGUUUACCUAUUCAGCCAUCGGUGGAUUCUGCGCUUUCUCCGAACAAACAAAUUCAUCAGCAGGUUUAUAGCGACAGAGAAGGCAUUGUAUUCAGCAACUGUAGCAUUCCUCCUGGCCAUAGUGACCUUCCCUCACUCUGCAGGAUAUUAUAUGGCUUCCCAGCUAACAAUGAGGCAGCUACUCUCAUCCUUACUGGACAGUACCCAAUGGAACUCCAUUUCCCACAAUGCCACACUACUGGCAGAAUCUCAUCGGUUUCUUUGGCAAGAAUGGAGUCCACCAGGAUUCAGUGUUUUUCAGAGCCUUGGAUGCUUUAUUCUCAUUAAGCUUUGGCUGCUGGUCUUGGCCUGCACCUUACCUUUACCAGCUGGCUACUUCAUGCCUGUCUUUAUUUUUGACGUCUCUGUUGAAGGUGCUGCUUUGGGUCGUUUUCUCGGUGAGGGAUUGGCCUAUCUGUUCCCAAACGGCAUCUCAUCAGAGACACUGGGUGUGAUAAACCCAGGGGGCUACGCUUUAGUUGGAGCAGCAGCUUUCGCUGGGGCUGUGACACACACUCUGUCACCUGCGCUGUGUGCUCUGGAGGUGACUGGUCAGUCUACUCACGUCGUACCCAUUCUGAUAGCCACGCUAAUAUCCAACGCAGUGUCGCGCUCAAAGCAUCAGCCGUCCUUCUACGAUGGCAUAUCCCUCAUUAAGAAACUACCACACCUGCCGUCUCUCAUCAGGGCCUCUCCAAAGCUGUCCUCGGUUCAGAUUGGCCGGUUUGUAGUGCCAGCAGGGACUGUGCUACAGCGAAGCGAGAAAGUGAUGGGAGUGCAGCAUGUUCUGAACAACAGCACAGAAUUUGAAUUCCCUGUAGUGGACACUCAUGAGUCCCCCACUCUCCUGGGAACAGUCACCAGAGAACAACUACAGGCCUUAGUGCUCGAAAACCAGAAUGAGGAUUUGAGCAAAAGCCUGGAGGAUGUGUGCCUCAUUCAACCUGUUAAGCUACAACUUUCUACAGAAACUACAGUAAAGCAGGCCCACUGUAUCAUGAGUGUAGCGAGAGAGCAGCGGGUGUUUGUCACAGAGAGGGGCAAGCUGUGUGGCAUCAUCACAUGGCAAGAGAUGAAGAAAAUGAUUGAAGUGUUGGCUGAGGAAAUCUAAUGCCUGGAUGGAUAAACAAACCCUAUUUGGUUAUCGUACAUUCACACUUUACAGUUUAAUGCAUCACCUAUGCAAGUCGUUGUCAUUGUUUCAGAAUAUAUUAUUAGACAGUGAUUUGCUCUCAUCAUGAUGCUCAUAUGCAGCUACAAUUACUUAUAUGCAAAUAAGCUUAUCUGUGGAGAUUGUUGCUGGCCUGCUUCCUGGAACUGAAACAGUAGGAGCUCUUUAUUUGGUUCUAUGACUAAGGAGGCUCACUGUGUCCUGUUUAUAGGCCUGAGGGCAGACCCGGUGAUAAAGAUUUAUUAAAAUCAACCACAUGUACCCAGCUCUAACGGGAGAGAUGAGGGAGGUGUAAUUAAAUGAAGCUGGCCGUUAAGCACUAGUCGCACUAUCGGUCUCGUAGAAUGAGCACCCCUGGCAAACCUAACCAAACAAAAUGAUGACAUUGAUUUUCUUCAUGACUGAAUGUCGAUGACCUAGCACUGCGAUUAAUGCUUAAAUGAUCAACAAUAAAAUGUAUUCUAAAAAA